AUGCAUACGUGAGCUACUUGUCCUCCUCCUAAGUCCCAAGUCCGACCCUCCUGAUCUUGAAAGGAUUUUUUAUUUUUUUUUUGGUACUUAAUUCGCCAUGAACAUGGAGAAGGCCGAGAAGGAGAAGGUUAGCCACAAUGGAGAAGACGAGGAGGAGCAACACGAAGAUAUGAAGAUGGAGAAAUUUUUCGCUCUUAUGAGAAGCUUUGGGAAAGCUCGUAAGCGUCUAAGAAAGGAAUUCAUGGAGGAUGCCGAUAAUACUGAUGAUCAGGAAUUGAAGAAGAAGAAGAAUAUGAUGAUCACGAAGAGGAGGACUGCCCAUGAACAACAACAAUAUUCUUCCCCCUGGAUCCCAUCGUUUCGGUGGGAGGAUUUUACAACGGACAUCGACUUCAUAAGACCUCCUCCGAUCCUUCCUAAUCCAUGUAAUUACAAUUAUAAGGAGCCAAACAAGCAAGCAAUUACAGAAGAUGAUGGUUUAGAUCUCCAACUCAAGCUCUAGUCUUGUAUGCAUUGAAAAGUUUAUCCAAAUAUAUAUUAGUUCUGCUACAACUUUGUCACAUUGGAAUAUAUACGAUAUUCAAUUUUUAUAA